ACCAACUCCCACAGCUCUUAACAGGAGGCUGAGGCCUGGGCUCUGAUGACAGGCCCCUUUGAAGAACUGACGGAGACUGGGUCUUGCCAGCAGCACGGGGCGGUGGUGAUGAGUCUCUACGUAGCUGCCAGUCCAACGGGGCUCCUUGUUUACGAGGCCGAGAAAUGUUCACAGGAAGCUAAAGAGCCCGUUAAUGAGGGGUUCUGAUAGAAAGUGGUAUUAACUUUACGAGGAGAAGACACUUUGUAAAGGCCAACGCCCACGGGGGCCGAGAUAUAAACCCUGGGCGAGGCGCUGCGCCUGUGCAUCGGGGGUGCCCAGCCUUGCAGCUCCGUCGCUUGUGUCCCGGUGCGGAGGCCAUGGCUUCCAAAUGCCUCAAGGCCAGCUUCUCCUCGGGGUCCCUCAAGGGCCUGGGAGGGGCCCACGGGGGCUCGCCCCGCGUGUCCGCCGUCUACUCCAGCAGCUCCUGCAAGCUCCCCAGCCUCUCCCGUGGGGCCCGGAGUUUCUCCACCUGCUCGGUCGGGCUGGGCAGGAGCAACUGCAGGGCCGCCAGCUGCCUCCCUGCUCUCUGCCUCCCGUCCGGAGGCUUUGCCACCAGCUACAGCGUGGGCGCGGGCUGGUUCGGGGAGGGCAUCCUGACGGGCAGCGAGAAGGAGACCAUGCAGUUCCUGAACGACCGCCUGGCCAGCUACCUGGAGAAGGUGCGGCAGCUGGAGCAGGAGAACGCCAGCCUGGAGAGCCGCAUCCGCGAGUGGUGUGAGCAGCAGGUGCCCUACCUGUGCCCCGACUACCAGUCCCACUUCCGGACCAUCGAGGAGCUCCAGAAGAAGACCCUGUGCACCAAGGCAGAGAACGCCCAGUUGGUGGUGCAGAUUGACAAUGCCAAGCUGGCCGCAGAUGAUUUCAGGACCAAGUAUGAGAUGGAGGUGUCCAUGAGGCAGCUGGUGGAGUCGGACAUAACCAGCCUGCGCAGGAUCCUGGACGAGCUGACCCUGUGCAAGGCCGACCUGGAGGCCCAGGUGGAGUCCCUGAAGGAGGAGCUGCUCUGCCUGAAGAAGAACCAUGAGGAGGAAGUAAACUCACUGCGCUGCCAGCUUGGUGACCGGCUCAACGUCGAGGUGGACGCUGCCCCCCCUGUGGACCUGAAUCGCGUUCUGGAUGAGAUGAGGUGCCAGUACGAGGCCCUGGUGGAGAACAACCGCCGGGAUGCUGAGGACUGGUUCAACACCCAGACCGAGGAGCUGAACCAGCAGGUGGUGUCCAGCUCAGAGCAGCUGCAGACCUUCCAGGCAGAGAUCAUCGAGCUGAGACGCACGGUCAACGCCCUGGAGAUCGAGCUGCAGGCCCAGCAGAGCAUGAGAGAUGCUUUGGAAUCCACCCUGGCGGAGACGGAGACCCGCUACAGCUCGCAGCUGGCCCAGAUGCAGUGCCUGAUCGGCAACGUGGAGUCCCAGCUGGCCGAGAUCCGGGGUGACCUGGAGCGGCAGAACCAGGAGUACCAGGUGCUGCUGGACGUCCGGGCCCGGCUGGAGGGUGAGAUCAACACGUACCGGGGCCUGCUGGAGAGCGAGGACUGCAAGCUGCCCUGUAACCCGUGUGCCCCGGAACCCUCGGCCUCCAAGUCAUGCCUCCCCUGUCUUCCCAUGGCCUCCUGUGGUCCUGGCGCAGCCCGCACGACCUGCAGCCCCCGCCCCAUUUGUGUGCCCUGCCCAGGAGGCCGGUUCUGAGAGUGCGGCCAGGUCCUGAGAGGCCUCACCGCAAAUACACGCCAUGAAGUUUCUCAAAGCCUGUCCCUAAGGCUGGCCGCUCCCGAAGGCCGCAACUCCUCAUCAUUUCAAUGGGUGCCAGGGUCUCUGUUCUCGGGCUGCCUCUUGGGUCAGCAUUUCCUUCUGGGUGCUGUUCCGCUGGGACCUGAAAUGCAACAGAGGGAUUCAGAACAAUAAAGUGCAUUUGAUCUGGCUCUCGAUGCCUAAGUAGCACCA